GGCAGCUCCCAUUCAAUGUUUAUUUACAAAAUUAAUUGAAAUUUUCAUAAAAAUGAAUUCCUCCGGAGAACUGCAUCCAAAUUGGCUGGCCCUGACCACACUGCCACUGCAGCUGAAGCGGUUCGUCCGUGCAGGAGAUCCGUAUAUUGUCCCCGAAUGCCCGAAAGCGAUUAAACACCAAAUUGAUGGACUGAAUGGAGCGGAGGCUCAGGAGUUCUACAAGGAAGUGCUGGAUGCUCCUACCACCAGUCGAGUUCCAGUUUCGUGUUCUAGUAAAUUAAAGGAAACAAAACGCAUUGCCAAGAAGCCCAAACUGCCUUUUGAUAAGAGCAAGUUCUUCCGUUUGGCAACCAGUAACCAAGUGGAGGAGCUGUCCCAAAUGGAGAUCUCUGAGGAGGAUCUGAAUACACGCGAUUCGUUUGGCUGGUCGGCCCUGAUGAUGGCCGCCUGUGAAGGAGCCACCGACUCCGUUGCUUGGCUUCUCCAGCAGGGAGUCCAUGUGGAGACAACAGACAAAUCCGGAAAUACGGCUCUUAAGCUGGCCCAGCGAAAGGGGCACUCGGAAGUAGUGCAACUAUUGAAAACUCUAGCCAUUCCCGAAGAAGCCAGUGAUGAGUAUGAGUCAAUGGACGUCAACAGCCCAUUUUACUGCGAAAUCUGCAAAAGGGACUACAAGGAGACCCCCUGGCCCGAGCAUCAAACCUCCACCGUGCAUCAGUUCAAUCUCAAAGCCCUGCCUGCCCACAAACUGCACAAGUUCAAUAUAUCCGCCAAGAAUAGGGGCCUCCAGUUGAUGGUGAAACAGGGCUGGGAUCAGGAACACGGAUUGGGACCCAGUCAAAGUGGACGACUGUAUCCUGUAAAGACGGUUCUUCGCAAGCAACGCACUGGCUUGGGAAUCGAACAGCCGGUGGCGAAGGUCACUCACUUUGGAGCCUUUGACUUGAACGCUGUGAGAAGAAGGCAUCCCAUUUACCAGCCGAGACGAACGCGGAGCGAUAUGCAGCGGGAAAAGGUGCGAGAAUGGAAGCGGGAGCGGCAUCUGCGCAGGGAAUUAAGCUAA